GAAAAAGGUGACAAUUAUUCUGUGAAUGAUCCGCGAGCUUUUGUUUUUUUAAAGGAUGUAAAAACCGGAGCCGUGUUCUCUCUGUGUGUGUGUGUGGAGGACGCAGCCAUUGGUGGAGAUGCUGGUCCCUGAUAGGUCUUCCUGAGCGUCACUCGGGCGAACACGUUCCGGGGUUCUGCCGGGUCCUCAUAGGAGAUUGAAGUCCAGCUUCGUAUGAGCCUUUCUUCCCCGCGGUGUAGAGGCUGCUGUAGUCAUGGCUUCUCUAACUCCACCUAACUUUUCCUGGGUUGAGCCAAAGAAGCUGGCUGGGAUGGCCCUACCGCGGAUGCCUGCCCACUAUCAGUUCCUGCUGGACAACGGCAUAAAGCACCUGGUGACUCUGUGUGAAAGAAAGCCUCCUUAUCAUGAUUCAUGCCCAGGACUGACGCUGCACCACAUAAAAAUAGAUGACUUCUGUCCACCCAGUAUGGAUCAGAUCAAGAGGUUCCUUGCUAUUGUUGAAGAGGCCAACGCCAAGGGUGAAGGUGUGGCUGUCCAUUGCCUUCUCGGACAUGGGAGAACAGGAACAAUGCUGGCCUGCUACCUGGUGAAGAAGAGGAAAAUCACUGGGGUUGACGCGAUUGCAGAAAUAAGAAGCAUUCGUCGAGGAUCAAUAGAAACGUAUGAACAAGAAAAGGCUGUUGUCCAGUUUCAUCACCACAUAAAGUAAAAUUAAGACAGCUGCAGCUGAAAAUGUUUAUAUUAACUUCAUGCGCUGUACAUACUAUAUGAAUGAUUGGAAAAGAGUUUUAUUUAAGAGUUUAUUUUGGAAGUUACUAAUUAUGUUUUUUUUUCUACAUAACACCUGAAGUCUUGCAAGCAAGACGUUUUAAGUGCCAGAUACGAGGUGAGAUAGAACUAAAAAAUUGGUGUCAUCCUGAAAGCUGCAGAAACACUGAAAGGUUUUACAACUCGGACACAACCUGCAGCUGUGUGCUGCCACUUGGGCUAUCCCAGUCAGAAGCUGUGGUGACAACUCGGAUUCAGACUGGUAGGAUAAAGGUCUAAGCUGUUUCUAAUGGUAUUUCCUUCACGGUUUACUUUGAAUUAAAUUAUUCAGAAAGAGAUGGUGAUUUGAAAAGCAAAUGUUUAUGCUUGUAAUGGAAAUACAGCAUGAACUGUGUGUUGCUGGAGGGAAAGAUGUGGUAGCACAGGCAGGGUUUAAUCUUUCUUCAUCAUUUAAUAAACAAGCAAACUUUGACAGCA